AAGGCAUUUAGCAUCGCGACCGCGGUGGUAGUAGCGACCGGUAUGGCAGGGAUUGUCGGUGUAAAAACAUACCUUGGUGUGCGCGAUACGCAAGAGUUCGCCAUGCUCAUGCGACAAAUAGUUCUGACCAAAAUGCCCAUCCUCGCCUCCCGAAUACACCGCCCUACGGAACCCGACAUACUUCUCCCGACAGUCCCAUUCACCGCAUCGACGCCUCCAUCUCCGGCUGGUUCCAUUGAGGCGUGGUCAUGGUCAGCAGCCCAGGAGCGUCUUUUCCAAGCAUACGAGAAGGGUGGAUUCCAGGGCUGGGCUGAGGCUGCUCUCCAAGAGCUUGAGGCCGAGGCUGAGAUCGAAAGGAGAAAGAGGGGUUUAGACCGGUAA